AUGUCCAACAGCAGCUCCACCAGUGGAUUCCUCCUCCUGGCAUUUGCAGACACACGGGAGCUGCAGCUCUUGAUCUUCUGGCUCUUCCUGGGCAUCUCCCUGGCUGCCUUCCUGGGCAACGGCCUCAUCAUCACCACCAUAGCCUGUGAUCAGCACCUGCACAGCCCCAUGUACUUCUUCCUGCUGCACCUCUCCCUCACAGACCUGGGCUCCAUCUGCACCACCGUGCCCAAAGCCAUGCACAACUCCCUCUGGGGCACCACAACCAUCUCCUACACAGGAUGUGUUUGCCAGGUCUUUUUGCUCUUCUUCUUCCUUGGAGCAGAGUUUGCUCUUCUCUCUGUCAUGUGCUACGACCGCUACGUUGCCAUCUGCAAACCCCUGCACUACGGGACCCUCCUGGGCAGCAGAGCUUGUGCCCACAUGGCAGCAGCUGCCUGGGCCUCUGGGUUUCUCUAUGCUUUGGUACACACAGUCAAUACAUUUUCCCUGCCCCUGUGCCAGGGCAAUGCCCUCCAGCAGUUCUUUUGUGAGGUUCCUCAGAUUGUCAAGCUCUCCUGUUCACAUUCCUAUUUCAGGGAAAUUGGUCUUCUUGGGGUUACUACUUGUUUAGUAUUUGUUUGUUUUGUUUUCAUGGUUUUCUCCUAUGUGCAGAUCUUCAGGGCUGUGUUGAGGAUCCCCUCUGAGCAGGGAAGGCACAAAGCCUUUUCCACGUGCCUCCCUCACCUGGCUGUGGUCUCUAUCUUUGUCAGCACUGGCACAUUUGCCUACCUGAAGCCCCCUUCCAUCUCCUCCCCAUCCCUGGAUUUCAUGGUAUCAGUUCUGUACUCGGUGGUGCCUCCAGCCCUGAACCCCCUCAUCUACAGCCUGAGGAACAAGGAGUUCAAGGAUGCCCUGGGGAAACUGAUGACUGGAUGA